AUGGAGAUCAACCACUGCAUUUCCUCUUGGCUCUUCCCUCUCAUUUUAGCCCUAGCACCUUUGUUCCUUCUUCUCAAACUCAAGCAAAAAUGUGCCAACACCAAGCGCAAACUACCCCCGGGCCGAAUGGGCCUCCCUUGGCUCGGCGAAACCAUGGAUUUCUACAGGGCCCAGCAAGCCAACCGGCUAUUCGAUGACUUUGUCCAACCUCGCAUCGCGAGGCAUGGCAAGAUCUUCAAAACUAGAUUGAUGGGGUCGCCGACGGUGAUAGUAAGUGGAGCCGAAGCAAACCAGUUCUUCUUAUCCAAUGAGUUCAAGCUGGUGAUAAGCUCGUGGCCUUCUUCUUCAGUUCAGCUCAUGGGCAAGAACUCCAUCAUGGAAAAGCAUGGCGAGCAACACCGCCACGUCCAUGGACUGAUCGCCUCUAGCCUUGGCAGCUCCUCAGCGGAGUCUUUAGUGCCAAAGUUGAGCAAAUUAGUACAACGCCACCUAGAUGCACAUUGGAGUGGCCAGGAGAGAAUCAACCUAUACCACUUUACCAAAAAUUUGACCUUCCACAUUGUGUUCGAAUGUUUGUUAGGGAUAGAUGUGGAGACGGGAAUGCCGGAAAUAUUCGAGAGGAUUUUGGAGGGAGUCUUCACGCCACCAGUAACGGUCCCCGGGACUAGUUUUUCGAGGGCAAUGAGAGCGAGGAAGGAGAUAGAGAGCAUGUUGGUGAGGAUUGUGAGGAAGAAGAAGGAGGAGUUGGAGAGAGAGAAUUCGGGAGGAGGUGGAGGCAGGAACAAGGAGGGUGAGGCAGUGCUGCUGCCACGGUACUUGGCGGCGAUGCUGCGGGGCGAGAUGAGCGAGGAGGAGGUGAUCGAUAACAUAGUGUUGAUGGUGUUUGCAGCUCACGACACUACCUCUUUUGCCAUCGCCAUGACCUUUAGAAUGCUGGCUCACCACCCAGAUUGCUAUCAGUUGCUACUAAAAGAACAUAUGGAUAUCAAGAGCAGAAAAAGAGAAUGGGAGGAUAUCAAUGGUGAAGACAUUAAGAAGAUGAGUUAUACGUGGAAGGUUGCUCGUGAGGCCAUAAGAUUGUUCCCUCCCAUCUUCGGCUCUUUCCGGAAAGCCAUCGUCGAUAUCGAGUACGAAGGAUUCACCAUCCCAAAAGGAUGGAAGGUGCUGUGGACAACCUAUGGGACGCAUUACGACCCGGAACACUUUCAAGACCCGAUGAGCUUCAACCCGGACCGGUUCAAUGAAGCGAAACCGCCGUAUGUGUACGUGCCCUUUGGAGGAGGCCCGAGAGUCUGUGCUGGGUCCCAGUUAGCAAGAAUGAACAUCCUCGUGCUCGUGCACCACGUCGUGACCCACUACGACUGGUCCUUGAUCCAUCCCGACGAGCCGAUCACCAUGGACCCCCUCCCAUUCCCCGUCCAUGGGAUGCCCAUCCAGAUUUCUCCCAAGUGA